GAGACGGUCCGCAUUAUUCGCGAAUAUAUAAUAUCUUUUUAAACAUUUUGACGUUGCGCAAUUAGCCUAAUGAAAUUAUAUUGUUACAUGAUACGGUUGCAUGAUUUAUUGCGCGAUUAAGUACCAUGCUUUGGGACUGGCGGUAACUUUGUUGGUAAUUACGCUAUUGUUUCAGGUUGAGCUGCAGGAACCGCAUCGAGUAGAAAUAUGCUUGCAGCGAUACCGCUACAAGGAUGUAACCCAGACGCCUUAUUUCACGGUAUGGCGACAUGCAGUGGCCCGCCCGGUCGCCGGACCUAACAGCGCCAGACGAUUUCUUGUGGGGAUUUGUGAAAAGCAAGGUGUACGAAACACGUCCAGCAACCAUCUUGGAGCUGGAACAGCGCAUUCGCGUGGCCAUAGAGGAGAUCUCACAGAACAUUUUACGAUCCGUGGCCGGCGAUAAAGUCGCAAUCAACGUGUUUUUUUCUGGGAUCGGCACCGCUAGCAUCACGGUCGGCUUAGGAAAGAGCGAUUUAUGAGGAUUGUUAUCGACUUUAACGACCGUUAUCGGCUGUAGUCGAUUUCCUCGCAAAUUAUUAUCGAAUCAUUAAUUUAUCAAGCAUUGAAACAGGUUUAAUGAUUUUAACGUGAAGGUCGAACCGUCUUUUGUAACAGCAUUUGCAGUGUUUGAGAUUUCACUUUGGAUUACGAUAAGAAUCACACGGCCCGGAAAUUGGAUUCGGACAUUCCACUUUGAAAAAUUAAACGCACACCUUUCUUGCGUUUAUCUCUUAAAUAGUAUAACUCUUAAAGCCAUCGUCGCACAAAAAAACGAGGGAUCGUACUUUUUGUUUUGACUUCAGGACAUAGAAAAGCUUACAGAAAUUUAUAUGAGAUCUUUACAAUUACUUCAUUAUGGCAU